CACACACACACACACACACAACCCUCACCUGCCGACACACAACACAAAGUUCCAUCAUGGUGCGUACAGUAGCAGUGAUUGGGGCGGGUCCCUCAGGUCUGACCAGCAUCAAGAGCUGUCUGGACGAGGGUCUGGAGCCCACCUGCUUCGAGAGCAGUGAUGACAUCGGGGGGCUGUGGAAGUUCAAGGAAGUUUCUGAGCCCAACAGAGCCAGUAUCUACCGUUCCCUCACCAUCAAUAUCUCCAAGGAGAUGAUGUGUUUCAGCGACUUCCCCAUCCCAGCUGACUACCCCAACUACAUGCACCACUCCCGUAUCCUGCAGUACUUCAGGCUCUAUGCUGAACACUUCAAACUGCUGCAGCACAUCCACUUCCAGACCAGUGUGCAGAGUGUGAGACAGAGGCCAGACUUCAGUCAUUCAGGCCAGUGGGAGGUGGUGACAGAGAACAGGGAGGGACAGGAGGAGAGACACAUGUUUGACUCUGUCAUCGUCUGCUCUGGUCACUACUCCUUCCCACACCUUCCACUUAAAGACUUCUCAGGUAUUGAGUCGUUUGAGGGGAAGUACUUCCACAGUUGGGAUUAUAAGGGUCCAGAGGACCUUCAUGGGAAGAGGGUGGUGGUGAUCGGCAUCGGCAACUCUGGAGGAGACAUCGCUGUGGAGUCCAGCCGGGUGGCCGAGCAGGUGUAUCUGAGCACGCGUCGCGGUGCGUGGGUUAUACGUGUGCUGUCGGACAACGGCUUGCCCGUGGACAUGAAGUAUAACACACGCUUCGUCCACAUCCUGUUCCAACUGCUGCCAGUUAACUGGCUCAGCUGGUUCGGAGAGAAGAAGCUCAACGCCAUGUAUGACCACACCAUGUACGCCCUCAAACCCAAACACAGGUUGUUCAGUACGAUUCCAGUGAUAAAUGAUGAGCUUCCCAAUAAGAUCUUGACUGGUGGAGUCAUGGUCAAACCCAAUGUCCAACAGAUCAGAGGCUCCAGUGUGGUGUUUGAGGAUGGGAGUGUGGUGGACAAGGUGGAUGUGAUUGUGUUCGCUACGGGUUACAACUACGACUUUCCCUUCCUGCCUCCCAACGUAAUGCAUAAGUCUGGCCACCGGUUGGGGCUGUACAAGCAUGUGUUUCCCCCCACCCUGGAGCACCCCACCAUGGCCAUAGUAGGCUUCAUCCAUGCCCUGGGUGCCAUCAUGCCCCAGGCAGAGAUGCAGUCCCGCUGGGUCACACGUGUCUUUAAAGGUCAUAAGAAGCUACCGUCCAACCAGGCCAUGCUGAAGGCUGUGGAGUGCGACACCAAGGACAUGGACAAGAACUACAUCGUAUCCAAGCUGGUGCCGCUGCAGGUGGACUUUGUGUCCUACAUGGAUGACAUCGCUGGAGAGGUGGGGGUCAGACCCAGCCUGGCCUGGCUGUUCUUCACUGACUACCCCCUAUUCAAGAGGGUUCUGUGGGGUCCCGUCACUGCCUACCAAUACCGUAUCACCGGCCCAGGGAAAUGGUCCGGGGCACGCCGAGCCAUCUUCACCCAGUUUGAACGCAUGUUCCAGCCCUUCAAGACCAGACAGGUGGAGGAGAAGCAGGGAUGUUCUGUGGCGGGCCGUCUGCUAAAGCUCAGCCUCACAGCGAUGAUGGGAGGAGCAGCAGCCUACUACUUCCACCUCCAUCCACCCUCCUCCCUCACCUACCUUCUCUCCAAACUCACACCUCAGAGAGCCUGAACACCAUCUACCUCCACCUCCCUCCUCUCCACCCUCAACCCCCAGAGAGUCUGAACACCAUCUUCCUCCACCUCCCUCCUCUCCACCCUCAGUAGUGCUAACUUAGUUAGCUAGGUGGUCAUCACAAUUUUUGUCCAAGGACCACCCCAAAACAUGCAUCUAGCUAUAACAUUUGGCACAGUAACAUCACACAAACAUGUAUUUCUUUGGGAGAUACUGGUGGAGACCUUUUCGAGGUAACCCGAGGCUGUACAAGUUGUGGUUGUGCAAACCCCAAAACUGAAAGGGAGUUAAGAAAUGCUGUAUGCAUUUUCUGUUAUGUUUUGUAAUUCGACCAAAAUAGUUAGCUAUGUUUGCCUGUUCAGCACAUUGCCUGCCUAUAUACAGCAUUGAUUCCUACCGAGUGUGAACUACCCACCAGAAUGACAAUGAAAACCCAGUUUGGUCAGUAAACAAUGGCUCAUUGUUUCAGUAUGAUAUGUUGGAUAAAUUAAUGAAGACAGACACCAAUGUCAACUUCAAUAGCCUUGUUCAAGCAUUGUACAAAUCCCUACAUGCGGAGUCUGGCAGACAUUCAGACAACCAAUGGAGGCAGAGUAAUUCACCACGAACGGUGAACACAGAGAGCCCCAUAGCAUGUAAAUACUGUCGGAAUACAUACACAAAGAGCACUGCCCUGCCUACAGAAAACCACGCAGAGCUUGUGGAACUAAUAAUCACUUUGCAAAAGUGUGUUUCAAAAGCAAAUGAAGGGUGAGUGAGGGCAAGAUUCACUGUGUUGAUGAUGUUACUCAAUCUUCAGAACAGUGAAAGUGACAUUUACAUGCAUGAAUCCAUUGGGGUUGUACACUCAAGAGGGAAGAAAUUGUUCAUGACACUACGAUUACACAACAAGCAACAACAAUGUCAACUGGAUUCCGGUGCUACAUGCAACAUAAUGAGCUACAAAGACAAAAUCAAUCUGGCAUCUGACACACAUCUAUUGCCCAGCGACACUAGACUAAAGCUGUACUCAGGAGAACUAAUGUGCUCUAUGGGCAUCUUUGAGACCAAAUGUGUUAUUCGGGGACGCAAUCACAAGCUGGAGUUUGAGAUUGUGAAAACCAGUCAACAUCCUCUCCUCUCAGCCUCUACAUGCGAACGCCUGGGACUGAUGCAGUUCACCGUACCAAAUGACCUGCCCAUUGUGGAGCAUGUCCAGCAUGGACCCCUGUCCAAAGAACAACUACUUAGCAGAUAUGACGAUGUAUUCAACAGGCCUGUUGAAUCAGUGCCUGUGGAGGUACACUUUGAAUUGGAUGAGAGCGUCACUCCAGUCCAGUGUGCUCCUCGCAUUGUGCCCAUUGCAAUGAAAGUGGCUGUGAAGGCCCAGCUGCACAAGUAUGAGGCUGAUGGCCACAUUACAUCUGUGACUGAACCAGCAAUAUGGUCAUAGUGAAAAAACAGAGAAGCUGAGGAUCUGCAUCUGAACCAAGCACUGAAACGAUCCCACUACAUCAUGCCAACACUAGAGGAUGUCCUCUAUAAGCUUUCCAAGGCCAGGAUUUUCACCUUGGUUGAUGCCCGAGAUGCAUUCCUUCAAUGCAAGCUGGACGAAGAAAGCAGCUUCAUGACUACCUUCUGGACCCCAUGGGGUCGGAAACAUUGGCUCAAACUCCCGUUUGGUGUCUCAGUGGCGCCUGAGGUAUACCAACGCAAGCAGCACAUGUUACUGGCUGGGCUCAAGGGUAUUGAACCCAUCGCCGAUGAUGUCCUGAUCGUAAGCUGUGGUAACACAGACGAAGAAGCAGAACGCGACCACGAUGUGAAGCUCCUGGCACUGAUGGAGCGCUGCCGAUCAGUUAAGCUUCGUCUUGGCCUGAAGAAGCUGCAGUUCAAGGAAUAAAGACAGACACCAAUGUCAAGUUCAAUAGCCUCGAUCAAGCAUUGUACAAAUCCCUACAAGCGGAGUCCGGAGAACAGUCCGGCUAGUCGAUUACCUAUCAACUAGACUCCGUAACACUCAUCUGCACGACAUAUAGGUGGACUAUGGGCCAUCAAGUCAUAUGAUGGUUAUGUUCAAAUUACACUGGUCAUAGCAAAACCCCAACUCCAAUGUAACGUAACAGAUCAAGCAUUUACAGCACUCCUUUUUUAAAUUUUUUUUAUACAAAAGAUACCUAGAAAACGGUUGAAGCCCAAAUGGCAACCUAUUCCCUACAUAUUGAACUAUGUUUGACACUCCCAGCCCCUGAGAAGCAGGGGGUCUCUAUACGGUGACUUAUGUUCAUUUUUAAAUACUGUAGAGACAUUUGUAAAGUUGUCCUUUUGGAAUCAAUCCAUUCUCUCUUCACACAACAGGAUAUCAUAUAACUCAAAUUACAUAACUCUGAAAAUCCAAAACACCCUAAUAAAUAAACUAUUUUUUAAAGAUGAACAACCAUUUUUGUUUUUUUGUCUGGCACAUGGUAAUCUUAAGGGAAAAAACAUGUAGUUCUGCUUAUUUCCCAAUGUCAACCUAUAAUGCACAGGAUAGCUUAGACCUGUUGGAUGGAGGAAAAUGUCAGCCAUAGACAGUGGUAUAAAGUACUUUAGUAAAAAUACUCAGACACAAAUACUCAACGGCUCAGACACGAGACGUAUGUGGCAGGGUUUACUGGCAAUCAUGGACUACAAAAAGAAAACCACCCACGUCACGGACACCGACGUCUUGCUUCCAGAUAAACAAAACACCUUCUUUGCCCACUUUGAGGAUAAUAGAGUGCCACCGACACGGCCCGCUACCAAGGACUGCGAACCCUCUUUCUCCGUGGCCGACAUGAGUAAGACAUUUAAAAGUAUUAAACCUUGCAAGGCUGCCGGCCAAGACGGUAUCUGGAGCAUCAGUAUUUGUGGGUUUGAUUAGAGACUUAAAAUGGCCAGAAACAAAGAACUUUCUUCUGAAACUCGUCAGUCUAUUUUUGUUCUGAGAAAUGAAGGCUAUUCCAUGCGAGAAAUUGCCAAGAAACUGAAGAUCUCGUACAAUGCUGUGUACUACUCCCGUCACAGAACAGCGCAAACUGGCUCUAACCAGAAUAGAAAGAGGAGUGGGAGGCCCCAGUGCACAACUGAGGAUUUUUACACAAAAGAUUUGUGAUUCGUUUUUAAAUGUUUCAUGUUAAAUGCCGCAAGUAGUCCAAGUCAUCCAAGGUUCUGUUACUCCGGCAGUGUUGAUGCUGAAGAGGGAGAAAAUAAUCACUGGAAUGCAUUGAAAUCACAAAUAAAGUAUUGAUUGUAACUCAA